AUGAGAGAGGUCACCGUUCUCAUUGAAAACCUCACUGGCUGCGAUCUCGAGCUUUCUCGGGUAGUGAGCCAGGAUGGCACUCCCAGAAGCCCACCGCCCGAGGUUCUGAGCAGAGCAUGCAAGCUGUCCUGGAUAGGACGAACGAAAGAUGGCCAACGCACUGGCUGCGCCAUGGCCAUUGAGUUCCGGUCGAAGGGCAGCGGGUAUGCUGACACGAAGCUUUCAAGGAAGUCCUUCAUGCUGGCUGUCCAGCUUCCACGUCCGUCACAAGGAGUGGUCUCCUGGCUUGGAGCCCUCUCAAGCCCUGGCGGAGACGCGCCGAAAUUUGCAGCCUGCUUGCAGGACCUUGCCCCGGGGCAGACCCCAGGUGAUGUCCGGCAGCUGCUGGAGCAGGCAGCCCCUCUUCAAAGCCACGGCUCUGCGCCUGGCUGUGAGUGGCUGGCAGUACGGCGUGAAGCGGAGUUUGUCGACGUGCGCCUCCGUCUGCUUCCCGAGGAUACGGCCGUGCCGGAACAGAGGUCCGAGGAACUUCCACCAGAGUUGACUCAGAAGGAUGAGGAGUCGCGGAUGCCACCAAACUCCCUGUCGCUGGACGUCCCAGCAGCCCUCAUCAAGGACCCCCGGUCGUGGACAGUGGAGGAUAUCAGCGUUUGGCUGCACUGGCUGGGCAUAGGUGAGCACGUGGAAGCCUUUGCGUCUCGCAACGUGGAUGGUCGGCUCCUGCUGCAGCUCGGGGCGGACUCUGCCUGGGCUGAAUUAGGUGUCACCGACCCGGCGCAGCAGCGCGUUCUCGACUCUGCUGUGGAGCCACUCAGGUGUUUCCAUCAAGGAAGCGGCCUCGAAUCCGGCCUUGCGCUGCACGCGAUUGAGGGCCCUGUGGCUGGCCGUGUCUUUUUGGUGGGUAGUGGGGGCGUCACUGGUGGCCGCCACUGCGCUUCCAACGGAAUCGUGCUCUCGGAGAACUAUGUGUCAAGACGGCAUUUCUUGAUUCUCCGAGACCGCAGCGGGCAGUACCUCCUGCAAGAUGUCGGAAGCACCACUGGCACCUUUCUUAUGGUCCGGGAAGAAUUGCCGUUGGACCAUCAGAUGAUUAUCCAGCUUGGUACCACGGAGCUGACCGUGUAUAUUGAAGGGGAUUGCUGCACGCUGCUCGCAACAGAGGGCCCUGACAAGGACAUCAGUGCGAUGGUGCCUCCGCAAGGCCUCGCUAUUGGCAGAGAGGCUGGAAACGGACUUUGCAUCAGAGAUCCUCAGAUCUCUGCAUUCCACUGCAAGGUUCGCCCGGUCCCCGACCAUGGUUUCAUCUUGGAUGACGAGUACUCCACGAAUCGCACGUGGCUACGCUUGGCCGCAGAUGGCCAGCCAUCCAGGCGGUAUUUGCUUCGAAUUGGCGACCUUUUCAAAGUCGGAUCUACGCUCUUCCACGUCGUCGAGCCCCCGCCCAUGGAAGACGUUCCGGGCGAGGCUUUGCCUUCAGCCUUGGACAGAUUGGACCACACGCGCUUCCCCACCUCACCCAGCUCUGCUGAAGAGCCAGAGCUGAGUGAUGAUGCUGAAGUUGCGGCACCGGCAGCAAUGCCUACGGAGUCUCAGCUCAGAUGGGAGCCCAUGCUGGAGGGUGACGCGAGGCAGUCGCUCUCGCCAGAAGAAUAUGCACGGCGUUUGACAUCUUCGCGGCGACGGGUGGCAGAAGGUUCUGCCAGAAGAUCGGCGGGGACCGUCAACGACCUGCAGGGAAGCCAGGACGCUCGAGUCUUCGACAUGCAGGAGAGAGAGCUCUCUUCUUUGCAGCAGCGCAUGCGAAACUCACGAGCGCAAACUGCUUACACACUGCAGCAGCAGCGACAAGGAGCAGAACAGCAGGAUGAGCAGCGAGAUGAAGAUCUCUGCAAGAUCUGCUACGAUGCAGUCAUCGAUGUGGUGCUCUACCCAUGUGGCCACUACAUGCUGUGCAGAUGGUGCGCGCAGAUGGUCUCUGACUGCCCCGUUUGCAGAUAUGUCAUCACAGAUGUCAUUCGCACUUACAAGGCCUGA